AAAGAAUGAUGAUAAUACACAAGACCUUCUCUUACUUGACGUUGUGCCACUUUCACUUGGUAUGGAAAUAGUUGGAGACAAGAAGGCAGAUCAUUUUGUUAAACUUGAGGAAUUAUUGGAAGAAUAUCCAUCAAUUUUCAUUGUAAAUGUUGAUAAUGUUGGCUCCAAUCAAAUGCAACAGAUUCGUCAUGUUCUUUGUAAUAAAGCUAUAAUCUUGAUGGAAGCUCCAUUAUUGAAUAAGUUAAAUAUAUCAUCAUUUACUUGUGCAUCAAACCAUUGCUUCACUUUCAUUACCCCUCAAAAACAUCCUACCAUUGCUUCUGUACCUCAUUUACUUAUUAAUUUUUAUAAGAAUUUAUUGACUAUUUCACUUGCAACUGAAUAUGAUUUCCAAGGUUCUGAAAAGGAUCCAAAUGCAUUUGCAGCAACAGUAACAACAACUGCUACAACAACUGAAGCUACUGAAACUAAAAGAGAAGCUGCUAAAGAGGAAUCUGAAAAUGAAUCAGAUGAUGAUAUGGGUUUGAAUUUUGUAUUAUGA